AUGAAGAAAGGGUGGCUCAAUCGCAGAUUUUCACUAGUCAUCCUUGCUCUCUUCGCGCUGCUUUACGCGCAUUAUCAAUGGGACGCCGGACGUCUGCUUUUGCCGACGGCUCUUCGUCGUCAACCUCCGGCGCCCGAUGCGCUCCGUCUGCCGCCCCGGACCCGUGUCACCACCGUGGGGUCCGGGUACCACCGAGGUUCCGAGCUGCGGCUGGAGGACAUCUUCAUCGCGGUCAAGACCACCGGAAAGUUCCACGGGACGCGCCUCGCCCUCCUUUUGGAGACUUGGAUCUCCACAACCAAGACGCACACGUUCAUUUUUACAGACACAGAAGAUGACCACCUGAUGGCCGAAGGUUACAACAUGGUGGUGACGGGCUGCCAGCCGGACCACAGCCAGCAGGCUCUGGCGUGCAAGAUGGCCGCCGAGUACGAUGGCUUUUUAGAGUCUGACAAGAGGUGGUUUUGUCACGUAGAUGAUGACAACUAUUUGAAUGGCAAGGCACUCCUCAGAAUGCUUGCCACCUUCCCGCAAGAUGGUGACAUUUAUGUGGGCAAGGCCAGCUUGGACAAACCAAUCACGGCGCAUGAACUCAUGGAGGGAAACACCACGAAAGAAGUAAAGUUCUGGUUUGCCACCGGAGGGGCAGGCUUUUGUUUGAGUCGACGUCUGGCUAACAAGAUGUCCCCCUGGGCUCGCAGCUCUCGGUUCCUGGAGACAUCAGAAAAGAUCCGCCUGCCUGACGAUUGCACGGUGGGCUUCAUUGUGGAGCAGCGUGUGGGAGUCUCUAUGCUCCACUGCCCCUUGUUUCACUCUCAUUUGGAAAAUCUCAUGCUGAUUCAGCGCGCCAGCAUCCAGCAUCAGGUGACUCUGAGCUAUGGGCUGUUAGACGGCCAGAUGAAUAGUGUGAAGCUUACAGGAAGUUUCGCCAAAGAGGAAGAUCCAUCCAGGUUCAAGACCCUGCACUGCUUGCUGUAUCCACUGACUAGAUGGUGUCCCUGA